ACGAUAUUCAUCUGCUGCAGCUUGCAGACAGAGAAACUCCCUCAGGGAACUUUCAGGACAGAGUAGUUUUUUAAAGCUGUGGACCAGACUACAAUCUAUUUUCAACUACAGCGCCUUCAAGUUUAAAUCCUACCCGGCUGCCUGAUCUACUUACAGACAAUGACGAGGAGUAUCAUUUGCUGCUUUUUAGCAUUGCUGCUUACUACGCGGAUCUCAGCACAGCACCAACAGCGAAGACCUGUUUUUACAUGCGGAGGAAAUCUAACGGGAGAAUCCGGAUUUAUUGGCAGCGAAGGAUUCCCUGGAGUGUACCCUCCAAAUACAAAAUGUGUUUGGAAAAUCACGGUUCCCGAAGGGAAAGUUGUUGUCCUAUCCUUCCGGUUCAUUGACCUGGAAAGUGAUAGCCUAUGUCGAUAUGACUAUGUGGAUGUCUACAAUGGACAAGCCAACGGACAGCGGCUUGGCAGGUUCUGUGGGACUUUCAGACCAGGGGCGCUUGUUUCCAAUAGCAACAAGAUGUUGGUUCAGAUGGUCUCUGACGCCAACACGGCGGGCAACGGAUUCUUUGCCAUGUAUUCCGCGGCUCAGCCCAACGAAAGAGGGGAUCAAUACUGUGGCGGUCGUUUAGAUAAACCUGCUGGCUCUUUUAAAACUCCAAACUGGCCAGAUACAGACUACCCUGCAGGAGUCACCUGUUCAUGGCACAUAGUGGCGCCAAAAAAUCAAAUUAUUGAAGUGAAGUUUGAGAAAUUUGAUGUGGAGCGAGAUAACUACUGCCGCUAUGACUAUGUUGCCAUUUUCAACGGGGCUGAAAUCAACGAUGCCAAAAGAAUAGGAAAGUACUGUGGAGACAGUCCCCCAGCACCCAUUUUUUCUGAUGGAAAUGAAAUUGUUAUCCAGUUUCUGUCAGAUUUGAGUUUGACUGCUGAUGGCUUCAUCGGUUACUACAAAUUUAGGCCCAAAAAGUACCUCACAACUACAGUGUCUCCCAUCACAACGCCCACACAAGCAACGACGGGAGCAACAACUUUAAAAUACACAGCAGCCCUGUGCCAGCAAAAAUGCAAAAGGAGUGGGACCCUUGAGAGCAAUUACUGUUCGAGUAACUUUGUUAUAACCGGCACAGUCAUAACUGCAGUGUCACGUGGAGGCAGCAUGUACAUCACCAUCUCCAUAAUUAACGUCUACAAGGAGGGGAGUCUGGCCAUCCAACAGGCUGGAAAGAACAUGAGCGCUAAGAUUGUGGUACUGUGCAAGAAGUGCCCUUUCAUCAGACGAGGCUUAAACUACCUCUUUAUGGGUCACACCGACGAAGAAGGACGUGGUAAAAUCGCACCCAACAACUUCGUCAUGGCAUUCAAAAGCAAAAACCAGAAGAACCUGAACACCCUGAAGAACAAGCGGUGCUAAUUCUGUGAACUACCCCCGACACAGCUCAGCCAACCCAUCUUCACUAGCAAGCAACCCUUCAUCUCCAAGCUGGACUUCAGCAUGCGCACACAACCAUCCCACCUGGGAGCAAAGCUGCUGUCUGUUGAAGCGAAAUCGUACCAAACAAAGUUGAUUCGACUGCUCUGAAUGUGUAUCACGUGUGGCGAUGAAUAAGAAAGUGUAAUGUGCAUAAGAUAAUAUUUCAUUUGAAACACUUUCUCUAAGAAGUAGGGUAUUUUAUUACCUGUUUUUAUUGGUUUUAUUUUGUAAAGUCAGCGUAUUUAAUGUCUAGCGUAUUUUAUCUCUAGCUUAUUUUAUCGCUUGCUCAAUAAAAUCUAUUUGAUCGUGAACACCAUGAGAGAAACCUAUAAACCUUCAUAAUGCCUGAUGUAUCACUUUUGAGGGUUUUUUGUAUACUGUCAAAGCGUGAAGUUGAUGGAUGAAAAAUAAAAAUUUGGUAUUGUGACUGGUUUCACCAUUGGGGUACAGAAUAGUCAGGCCUCAUUUUCUGUCA